CUAAGCUUCCAUGAGAAGCUCUUUGAAGGAUACGCUUCACCAUAUCUACGUAUCUAUAUACCCAAAGAGUCGAUUCCAUAGUGAUUCAUCAAAUCUGUGAAGAUCGAAAGAGAAGAUGGCAGACACGAGUCACCUGGAGAAGAUGGGAAGAGAACUCAAGUGCCCUAUUUGCUUGAGUCUAUUUAAUUCUGCAGUUUCGCUUUCGUGCAACCAUGUCUUUUGCAACGCAUGUAUUGUGGAAUCCAUGAAAAUUGAUGCUACUUGUCCAGUCUGUAAAAUCCCAUACCAUCGUAGAGAGAUUCGAGGUGCUCCUCAUAUGGAUAGCUUGGUGAGCAUUUACAAGAAUAUGGAAGAUGCUUCUGGGGUCAACAUGUUCGUAAGCCAGAGUAAACCAUCGCCACCAUCAGGAAAUGAAAAGCAUGUAAGAGCUGCCUCCUCUAGAAAGGCAAAGGGUAAGAAGAGUGAAGGAUCUGAGAAAGUCCUAACAUCCAAGAGGAAAGAUAAAAGGAAAACCAAGGAAGCAGAUUUGGGAACCCCUGGACCCAUUGUUAUGAAACCUUCAUCCCAAACCAAGAAAAGGGUUCAGCUGUUGCAGAAUCUGUCUUCUGAAAGUUUGACGAAAUCUACCGAAUCAGAUGAAAAACUCAAGGACUACACUGAAAAAACUGUGAUUCGUUUGAAUGAGCAUUCAUCUCUGAAUAAAGAAGGAAAUCUGGCACCCUUCUUUUGGUUGAGAGAUGAAGAUGAUGAUGAGAGCUCAAGUCAGCAGCCAACAGGAAGUGAUCAACAUUUAGACGUUACACCCGUUGAUGUUCCUUCUUUCAGCGAUUUGAAGGACUCAGAUCAUGAGAGCCCGUCAAAAGCAGAUGAGCAAGAAAAGCCCAAUCCAGCAGACAUGUUUGACAGUGAAAUGUUUGAAUGGACUCAGAGGCCUUCUUCUCCAGAGAUUCUACCUAGUCCUGUGAAGGCCAAUGUCCUAGAUGGAGGUGAGAUUGAUCUUCCUCAAAUGAAUCCAUCAAAAGUAGCAUCAUCCAGUAAAACACGUAAAGCAGGAAGUGCAAGAAAUAAAGUUGCUAGACUACGCGCUGAGGUUUCCAAGGAGGAUAUGGAAUUAUCUGCAGAGCCAAGAAUUGGUGAGAAACAAGAUACUAGGGAGGAUGAAAAUCCUGAUGAAAAUGUGAAAGCUAGACGGUCUACAAGAAGCAAGGGCCGAACUUCACGAGUUCAGGCUGGUGUAAACAUAUCUGUGGAAACAGAGGAGAAGCAGGGGAGAAAGAGGAAAAGAUCUAACGUUAAAUCCUCUCCAAAUCACCCAAUUGCUGGAUCUAAUGAGCUCUCACUUGAAACAGAAACCGUGGAGAAGGUGGAUCAGGAACGAGCCUGUGGUUCAUCAUCUGAUGCACAACCUGAAAAAACAAGUCCUGCCGAGAAAUCCUCUCCCCAAAAGAGAAGAAAAUCUAGUGCACACUCCUUUAUAAAAGAUCUUUCGGGGAGAACUGAAGAGAAGACAUCAGAGAAGAGAUCAAAAACUGAUUCCUGUUCAGUCCCGAGCAGAGUUACACAACUGCGUGGCAAGAACAUCCUAAGUGAUGAGUCGAAUCAAGUGGGUGAUAGACAUGAUUCAAGUAACAAAAAGAAACCCACUGUGGAUAAAGGCAGCCAUACCGUGCAAGUUUCAGAGAAACGCUCAACGAUGAACAAGCCCUCACUUUUGCGAAGAUGUGAUGCCCCUCCAACUAAUAAAUUCACAUGCGCCUUUUGUCAGUCUUCAGAUGACACAGAGGCUUCAGGAGAAAUGGCUCACUACCACAGAGGUGAACCUGUCUCUGCGGAUUUUAAUGGUGGGUCUAAGGUCAUACAUGUUCACAAAAAUUGUGCUGAGUGGGCUCCAAAUGUAUACUUCAACGACCUUACCGCAGUCAACCUUGAUGUGGAGUUGACAAGAAGCCGGAGAAUAAGCUGCAGUUGCUGUGGGCUUAAAGGCGCGGCACUUGGUUGUUACAACAAGAGUUGCAAGAAUAGUUUUCAUGUUACGUGUGCGAAACUGACACCAGAAUGCAGAUGGGACAAUGAAAACUUUGUUAUGCUAUGCCCUGUGGAUGCAUCCUCUAAGUUGCCAUGUGAAGAGACUAGUCCAAAAGAAAGAAAACGCAAGCGUACUCCUAAAGGACCACUGCACUCUCAGCCUGAUGAAGUAUCUGAAAAACCUGACAAAACUGAGCUCCAGAGCAAGCCCUUUCACGGAUUACCCAAGAAAUUGGUCUUAUGCUGCUCAGGACUUACAGAUGAAGAGAGGAUUGUGAUUUCAGAAUUUGCUGAACUGACCGGAGUUAGAAUCUCGAGAAAAUGGGAACCAAGUGCUACACAUGUCAUUGCGUCAAUCAACGAAAAUGGAGCCUGCAAAAGGACUCUCAAAUUCAUGAUGGGGAUCUUGGAGGGGAAAUGGAUUCUAAGCAUUGAUUGGGUUAAGGUCUGUAUGAAAGAUUCAAAAUAUGUAAGCGAGGAGCCAUAUGUGAUUUCCAUGGAUGUUCAUGGAAUUCGACAAGGACCUUAUCUUGGAAGACAAAGAGCUCUAAACAAGCAACAAAAACUUUUUAAUGGACUAAAAUUUUACAUUAUGGGAGAUUUCGAGCUUGCUUACAAAGGGUAUCUUCAAGAUCUGAUUGUAGCAGCGGGAGGAACAAUCUUGCGCAGGCGACCUAUUGCUAAUGAUAAUGAUGAAGCUUCAACGAUAAUAGUAUUUAGUGUUGAGGCAAGCAAGAAGAGAACUCUGACCCAAAGAAGAAGUGAUGGUGAAGCCUUGGCUAAAUCUGCUAGAGCCAGAGCUGCAAGCAGUUCAUGGGUCUUGGAUUCGAUUGCAGGUUGCCAAAUUCUAGACCUGGCUUAAAAUUUUGAGACCAUCUUUGGAUAGUUUUCUCUUUGUCAGUAGGAUUAUAUUUUUCAAAACGUUUCCAAUAAGAUGUGUCGGCAAUGAACAAUAAGUUACCUUGGCACUCGAACCUUUGCCUUUCGAUAAAAUGCGCAUUAUUUAAAGGGGAUGUUUCCUACUUUGUUGGUGGCGUUUGGAUUCUUGUACUUGGCACAAAGUCUUGAGCAGAUCAACACAGAACAUGUAUAUCCUCCAGGGAGUGAUAUCAAGAACUCAUUCAUUGUUUUGGGCGUGGUUAAUCUCUUGGAGAUGGUUUAUACAUUGUUAAUUCCUGAAUCUAAAGGCAAGUCUAAGUGGAAAUGUCCGGCGAGAACGAGAAGAAUGAUGAAAGCAGUAGCAGCAACAACAAUCAAAACAGCGUGGUAUCAACUGCAUAGAGAUUAUAAAGACUUGUGUUUUGUUCUUGUAUAUUUGUUUACUCUCUCUCUCUCUCUCCAAAUUUCUUCUCACCGGAAACUUUAUUUGUUCUUCAUAUUCACUUUUUUUUAUUGAACAUUAAGUGCAAUAUGAUCUGAUCUUGUUAAGAAA